GACCCAGGCUCCCAGCCUCCCAGUCUCCGCCAGCCCCCUACCCACCACCGCCUGCCCCAGGCCCCCGCCGCCCCAUGCACCAUGGCAGAUCAAUUCAUCAGGCAUAUUGAGCUGCUGGGCUUCGAGAAGCGCUUCGUACCAAGUCAGCACUAUGUGUAUAUGUUCCUGGUGAAGUGGCAGGACCUGUCUGAGAAGGUGGUCUACCGCAGGUUUGCCGAGAUUUACGAUUUCCACAAAACCCUCAAGGAAAUGUUUCCGAUCGAGGCUGGAGACAUUAGCCCAGAGAGCCGGAUCAUCCCCCAUCUGCCGGCCCCUCGUUGGUUCGACGGGCAGCGGUCCACCGAGAACCGGCAGGGCACGCUGAGCGAAUACAGCCACACGCUCAUGAAUCUCCCGGUCAAGAUCUCCCGCUGCCCCCACGUGCUCGAAUUCUUCAAAGUCCGGCCAGAAGACUUGAAGCUUCCGGCGGAAGGACAGACGAAGCAGCCUGAGACGUUCUUGCUGCCCAAGGACACCAGGAGCAGUGUGGCAGACAUCACCGGGCCCAUUGUGCUCCAGACGUACCGCUCCGUCGCCGACUUCGCCAAGAGCUCGACCACCGAGAUGGCCCUGCAGGCCGGAGAGCUGGUGGACGUGGUGGAGAAGGGCGAGAGCGGGUGGUGGUUCUGCCAGGCUAAGAACAAGCGAGGUUGGGUUCCGGCGUCGUACCUGGAGCCGAUGGACGGUCCGGACGAGUCCGAGGAGCAGGAGCCCAACUACGAGGGUGAGCCGUUCGUGGUGAUCCAAGGCUACACAGCCGUGGAGGACGAUGAGAUGACCCUGCAAGAGGGUGAGGCCAUCGAGGUCAUCCACAAACUCCUGGACGGCUGGUGGGUGGUCAGAAAAGAGGAAGCCACAGGAUACUACCCGUCCAUGUACCUGCAGAAGUCGGGGCAGGCCAAGGCCAGGAGCCAGAGCAAAUUUCGGGGGGCUCCACCACGGCGGUCGUCCAUCGCCAACGCCAAGAGCAUCCACAAGCAGGCCCGGAAGCGCAUCAGUCAGGACACUUAUCGGCACAACAGCAUCAAAGUCACCCAGCGGCGGCGGCGACAGUCACGGCCCCAGAACGCAGGCGACCCCGGCAAGGAAGACGGGAUGAAGGCCCAGCCGGCCGUGCCUCCCCGGCCCAGUCGGGAUCUGAUUCUGAACCGCUGCAGCGACAGCACCAAACAGAAAUUCACAGCCUCCCGCUGAGCCCGCCCGCCCUCCGACCCCGCUGCCCCCACCGACUGACCCCCUCCAUCCCGCCAGGCCCCGCUGACCCCUCUGACCCCAUCGAUCGACCCCGCUGGCCCCACCGACGGACCCCUCCGUCCCGGCAGCCCCGCUGACCCCUUUGACCCCGCAAGCUACACUGAUCCCUCCGACCCCCUCGGCUCCUCUGUCCCCACCGGCCCGGCCGACUCCUCCGCCCCCCUGGGCCCCGUCGACCCGUCGGUGGGGGGUGGGGCUCUCUGCUCAGCAGUGCGCCAUGGGGUCGUCUCCUCCCUCCCCCCAUCUCUGGGCAGUCCUUGAGUCUCCAGCCUGAGAGGUGGAUGGGCAGGGGGACACCCUAAAGUGGAUCCAGGGGCAUCACGCCCCCUCCCCCCCAAGAACACUUCCUCAUCCGACUCCUCCGGUCCUGGACAGGGUGCCUCCUCUGGGAACUCCCCCAGGUUAAACCUCUCUUCUCCACCCACCCCGGCUCUGUGGACGGACGUCUAGAGUUCCUGUUGGCAUCCUCAGCAUCCCUGGGCCGCUCCUUGGUGGGACCUGUGCCCCUGGGGCACCUCGCAGGGCUGGGCCGGGGCGGGGGCCGGGGAGGGACCCACUGGGAGAAGCAUAGUAAACCUUGGCUGCAGUGA